AUGGUGAUACUGCAUCUCUCAGUUCAAAUCGAAGAACAAUACAAAAAACCAACACAGCUACAUCACAAUCUUGGCCUUCUGCUUUUCCAUUAUGGGGCUACCAAAGACAUGGGGAAGAUGUUAGGAGGAGAGGAAGAGAAAGAUCCUGAUGCUGCCAAGAAAGAAGAAGAACGACAGGAAGCGCUCCGACAGCAGGAAGAAGAAAGGAAAGCGAAAUAUGCCAAGAUGGAGGCUGAACGGGAGGUUGUGAGGCAAGGGAUUCGGGACAAGUAUGGCAUUAAGAAGAAGGAGGAAAGAGAAGCAGAGGCCCAAGCCGCUCUGGAAGCAAAUGCAGAAGGCAGCCUGACACGUCCCAAGAAGGCCAUCCCACCGGGCUGUGGAGAUGAGGACGAGGAGGAAGAGGAAAGCAUCCUAGAUACCGUUAUUAAAUACCUGCCAGGUCCACUCCAGGAUAUGUUUAAGAAGUAA